UGAUGUGUGUCGCGCGAUUCCAAAACCUUUUUUCUCGUCUUCUCAGCUCAUAAGUUUCCUCUUAAUACUAAUUUCAUAGUCCACCAGCUUUUCUUCAUCAGUCGCUCGCUACAACUGCACGACCAGUCUCUAGACGUUCUGAACAUGAUCUCAUCAAGAUUCCUCUGCCCAAUGGGCGUUUUGCUAGCAGGCGCGUCGCGUGCAUUGGCGUUUGACCGCAUCAGCAUCCCGACCACGGUCAAAGCCGACACCGAUGUCGAAGUCACCAUCGCAAACGACAUCGCGACCGGAAGCAAAUCCUUCGAUGCCGGCUUCACCAACUACAACCUCUACCUCUCAACCACUCCGCCGGGAUGGGGUACCGGACCCGUAUGCGUCCUGGCCAACGGGACAAAGAUCGACGUUACCUCCGUGAAGGUGAAAAUCCCCGCCGACGCGAUCCCUGACGGCUCCGAAUUCAAGAUCACGGCGAUGGAGUGGAAUUCGGAUCCGAACAAGGACGGACCUUCGGGCUUCCAAUACAGCAACGACUUUUCCUUCUCGGGCGGCACCGCAGAAUGGGGCAAGACGGAGCUCGGGGGCUCUACGCUGGGCGACAUGGAUCGCAUCCCGUGCACAGCGUACUCGUGCGCACGCAAGUGCAAUGAUAAGUACUUUGACGAGAGAAACACGACCAGCCAGGAUCCCAGCGUCUACAAGAACACGUACGAGUGCGUUGCCGCGUGUCCCGGCACGACGUUCCCGUCCUGGGACUCGAUCAUCAACGACAACGGGGAUGGGCAAGGCUCGGGCGCCCGUGCGGGACCCUCGGGAAGCGCGACGGCUACGGCAACAAGAUCCGGUGCCUCGGCGAUAGCCUCGACGUCCCCGACAGGCUCGUCCACUUCUACCCCGACAUCAGCCCAAAGUAGCAGCUCGCCUUCUCAGACACCUAACGGCGCCGUCUCAGUCACUGCCAAGGCCUCUGGCCUUGUCUUUGCUGGCUUGGCUAUCACGUUUAGCUUCCUCUAGUCAUGAACUCGGCGGUUGUGGGCCGUGUACGGACGUUCGUAGUGUACAAUAGAUGGUGUACUAUACCCACAGUUAUUUAGACAUUUGCAAACAUUACUCAUCAAGCCAAUGACCUUGCACACUACGCUUAUUUCUCGGCGAGAGAUCCGAAUAGGGCAAUGUAUUCCCCUCAAC